AUGAUCAUGAUCUCUCGUCGGGAACUCAAACCCUAUGUGGCAGAGUUCCUUGGGACUGCCCUCCUGAUUGUCAUCGGAGAUGGUGUCGUCGCCCAGUGUCUGCUGUCCGACUACCACUACGGUACUUGGUUGUCCAUUAACUUGGCCUGGGCAUCUGCCGUAUGCCUCGCUGGCUACCUGUCUGACCCCAGCCCGACCAUCAACCCAGCCGCGACCAUUUCCCUGGCCCUGGUGCGUCCAUCUGCAGGACAGUGGAGACAGAUCCCCGGCAAGCUGGCUGCACAGUUCUUCGGCGGCUUUGUCGGCGCUGCCAUCGUGUACAUCAACUACCGCUCGGCUAUCAAAGAUUGGGAUCCCGAAUACACGAUCCCCGGUGGGUCGAUCUUGAGCCCCACGGGUCAUCAUUCAGCGGGUAUCUUCUCCACCUACCCAGCUUCCUUCUUCGAGUCGAACUGGGAGGGCGUCUUUUCAGAGGGCCUGGGCUCGGCUGUGCUUAUGUUCGGAUCUCUUAGCAUCUCUGAUCCUAGAAAUGCCCAUCGUUUCCCGGCCCCACAGUUCGCUACCUUCCUGCUGCUGCUCAUGAUCGGAGCGGCAUUGGGCUGGCAGACUGGCUAUGCUAUCAACCCUGCCCGAGACUUUGGUCCACGACUCUUCUCUGCCAUCCUCUAUGGCCGAGAGGUAUUCUCAGCGGCUAACUACUAUUUCGUGGUCCCCCUCUUCGCUCCUAUCAUUGGCUGCAUUGUUGGCGCUGCCACUUACGAUAGCUUGCUGUUUGAAGGCGAGGGCUCUCGCGUUACUGAUGCCCUGGACAAAGCCGAGGGUCAUGGGUCCCUUCGACUGGAGUGA